UGAACGCCAGAAAAGAAUAUGUAAUAUUGGCAACAAUAAGAGAAAAGUAUUUUGAGUUUUCCAUUGACUCUUUAAGAAGAUGGAUUAAUAGUAUAGGCUUCAAGUGGAAAAAAUUAAAUAACAGAAAAUAUUUGAUGAACUUGCCAAAUAUUGUUCAUAAAAGAAUCAAUUUUUUAAGGGAGUAUAUCAAAAAUAGAAAUGUAGGUCCGGAAGGUUUUACUCCAGUUUUCAUUGACGAGACGUGGAUUUUUAGCAAGGCAUCAUUUCGUAGUAGCUGGCAAGAUGACACCAAGCAGACGGAUUCAAGAAAAAACAGUGAAGGUCAUCGCUAUAUCGUGGUCCACACCGGAACCAAAGAUGGCUUCAUCAAGGGUGCAAAUUUAAUAUUCAAGAGUGGAUUAAAGACGAGAGAUUAUCAUGACAAUAUGAACAGGAAAAACUUCGAAAACUGGUUUAAAACUCAGCUGGUUCCAAAUCUUCCCCCAAAGUCAUUUAUAAUCAUGGACAAUGCAAGUUACCAUUCUGGUUUGUUAGAAGAAAUCUCGAGAAAAAUUUGGACAAAGCAGAGACAGACCGAAUGGUUGAAGAAAAAGAAUAUUGGCGUUCCAGAAAAAGCCAUGAAAGAUAAAAUAUGGAGUAUUGCAUGCAGAAACUGCUCUAGUGAAAAAAAGUACUUCCUUGAUGAAUAUGUUAAACCUUUAGGACACAAAAUUUUACGACUGCCACCAUAUCAUUGCCAGUUUAAUGCUAUUGAAAUGGUAUGGUCGGAACGUAAACGAAAAUAUGAUCAAUAUAUUUCCAAUUUGAAGGGGUCACCUUCAGAAGUUCUGACUACAUGGGAAAGGGUAAUAAACGAAAUUUCUAUAGAUCAUUGGCAAAAAAAUGUUUUUCAUACAGAAAAGGUAAUUGAAAAGGCUUGGGAGGCAAUACAAGUGUGUGAUUCCUAUGACAUUCUGCCACUUGUGAUUACGACUGACGAAGACGACGAUGACGAAGACAAUAUCUCUGAUUUCAGUUCUGACUCUGACAAUACUGACGAGUUUGAUUAAGCUUUUUUUGUUCUAGCAAAUUUUAUUUUAUGAUCGUCUUUUAAGUAUUCAAUCAUAUCGUUGCAAUUUCAUUAACUUGGUAAUGUAAUAUGGCGUGUUUUUUUUGAGUUUGUAUUUAAAUUUUUCCCAGUGAGUGAAAAUAAUUUUAUGCUGCUAAAAUAAAUCAUUUGUUAAUUUCUGAACGUAUAAAAAUACAUAGCAGACUAGAAAUUUCUGAAGGCGAUGGUAAAGUUAAAAAGUUUCUAACCUAAUAUUGAUUGUCAAAAAUAUCUACGCCAUACGUUUCUUCUCACCUGGAUGACGUAACU